CCCACUCACCUAGCCAACUCGGUUGCAAUGCCUCAGACUUAGUCGUCCUCAGUAUCACCGUUUCCGCCGGGCUCGCUUCGUCUCGCGUUCUCUACUCGUCCGACUUUUUAUUUCUCAUUCGAUCCUUCUCUCUGCGGCAUCUUUUCUGCGAUAUUACGUUGUUCCCAUAUCGACUCGAGUCUGAGGAAAAUCCCUUCUCCACAGGUUUAUCAUAAUAUCUCAGAAUCCUGGAGGAGGCCGUCCAUCAUCCUGGCGGUUGUUGCGGGUGUCACAUGGAAGUGAUUCGAUGGAAAAUGCUAUUGUGGAUAAUAUCCUGAUUUUCGUAUAUUAGCUAAGGAUGAAGAUAGCUGGUCAUUAUGCAGGGUGGGUGACCCUCACUGUUUGGAGGAAAAAAACUAGUUUACUCGUAUUAGUGUUGGCGGUGAUUCUUGUAGUUGCCUGUUUUCAAUACAAUUCGGCCAAAGAAGUUCCAGAGAAAGAGGAUGAGGUCGCAAAAGUUGGAAGCAUGCAAGACAAACGGAGCUUGUUGGGUGGGAGUAGUGUACAAUUUGUUUUUAAUGUACCAUCCCAAACUGUGCCUUCUCCUGCAAAAAGCUUUAUUUCCUACAAUGAUGAAAGCAUGUUGAGAGACGACAUUAAAAAGAAUGAGGUCAGUGAUAUGGCUCUAAAUGAGAUGUCGUCAUUCAGUAAAACCCCAUACGUACCUGCUAAGCGUCUUCUACAUUUGGAUCUUAAGGGAGCACCUCCAAAAGUAUCCUACUUAAAGAAAGUCAUUCAACUUGCUAAAGAUUCUGGAGCCACAGGAAUUUUAUUAGAGUGGGAAGAUAUGUUUCCAUGGACAGGACCUUUGGCCAACAUUGCUGCUGGCAAUGCAUAUUCUAAAAAUGACAUAAAAGAAAUUUUAACAUUUUCAAUGGAAUCUGACUUGGAAGUAAUUCCGCUUAUUCAAACUUUCGGUCAUGUGGAAUUCGCAUUGAAACACGAAGAAUUUGCACAUUUGAGAGAAGUACCUGAAUCAGCUCAAGCCUUGUGCCCUUCACUAAAUGCUUCUCUUGAUUUUGUCCAGUUGCUGAUUGACCAGGUCAUGGAACUUCAUCCUCAUUCAAAAUACCUACAUAUCGGCUGUGACGAAGUAUUUCAAAUGGGAGAAUGUUCAAGAUGCAGGAACCAGCAAAGAGAAAAUCUGUUUUUAAAUCAUGUUGCGCGAGUUGCAGGCAUAGUCAGGUCAAAAUAUCGAAAUGUCACUCCCAUAAUCUGGGAUGAUAUGCUUAGGCAUCUUACUCCUAACAGUCUUGAACAGUAUCGAAUCGGAGAAUUGGUAGAACCGAUGGUAUGGGUUUAUGCCGAAGACGUCUACCGAUUUGUAUCAUAUUCAGUAUGGGAUAAAUAUGCUGCCAUCUUCCCGAGAGUAUGGGCUGCGAGUGCUUUUAAAGGUGCCUUUGGAGAGACACUUUACAUCCCGAAUGUUAAACGCCAUUUGGAGAAUAAUUUGAGAUGGUUAGAUGUGAUGAGUAACGAAGGGCCAAAGUUUAAACACGGUUUUCAAGGGAUCGCAAUAACUGGAUGGCAAAGAUAUGACCAUUUUUCUGUCCUCUGUGAGCUCCUUCCAGCAGCGAUUCCAUCAUUGACAGUUACACUUGUAGCUACUACAUACGGGUAUAUGAAUUCGUCUCUUCGUGCUAAGUUAAAUUCAUUUUUAAACUGUGGUAUACUUGGACCUUCGAGUUAUUUUAACUUGAACACAGAUCCUUUUUUGUGGGAUUCCUACUCAAGAUGCGCUUUCCCAGGCAAUGCUUUUUUUAAAUUAACAUACAGACUCAACAAUGCUGAAAAAGAAGCCGAUGAACUUAUCUCGAUGAUAAGAAAACAAAAGGGUUGGAUGACUGAUUACAACGUGAGGCAUAAUUUUUCAACUUCGCUACGAAUCGACGAACUUAUGCAAGACCAUCCGAGAAUACAGCACUCGAUGAUUAGCUUAGCCAAAUCUGCUAAAGACGCGUUGGUAGACGUCUUUGAUAUACACACCAUAGCGGAAUGGAUAGAGCAAAAAAUAUAUCCGUACGUAUCGGAGCUAGAUCAAAUUGAGAAGGAUGCGAACGCACUGAGGGCGAGGAAAGUCUGGCCAAGAAGGCCGUUUCCAUUGUUAAACGACCUUUAUAACAGAUUAGGAAUUCAAGGUGACGAAGAAAAUGAAGUAAUUCCUCCUGGUUGAUAGAAAAAUAAAAAACAAGAAAGUUUACCAAGAAUAAUGUGAUAAUUUUAUUAGAUCUCCUGGCCAAUUUUGGUCAAGGGACCUUUUUUUGUGAUCCAAUAUUUUCAUUUUUUUGUACAUUUAAACUCAUUACAUGUUCAUUUGUAAAUUGGCUUGAACUACCUAUUUAUUUGUCACAUGAAUAUUAAUUUUUGCAAGAAUUCUUUGUUUUUGUGAUUAUACUUAUGGCGGAAUUGAAUCAAACUAAAGAGAAAUGUAAAUAUCAACCAAAUUAUUUAAAAAAAAGAAAAAUUUGAAUUUUUAUAGUUGUUCGCUAUGCUUUUGUAUAAAACUGCUAAUCGAUAUCUCUGUAAAUUAUUUCCAUUGGUUUCCUUUCCUCGGAUAGAUGUUAUUAGCUGGUGCCUUUGACCUUAUUACAGAAAAGUUGUAAAAAUAUGUAAAUAUAUCUACUCUGCUCAUA